UUGCACUAAUUUUCCAGUACAUAUCGAAGGCCGAUGGUUUUUACUAGAAUAUUAUGCAAAGAGUAGAGUAGUAAAUGUUUAAAUGGCCGAGUAAUGAACAGAAGAGAAAGACCCCAAAGAGAAUCUCUCAUUGUUACUUACGUCCUAUUGAAAAUUUUCUCUAAAAUUGUGUGGUUUCCAAGGGAGGCUACAGAUUAUCCGUGUGGAAUGUUUGUCCUGGCAGAACUUAAAGAUACAGUGAGAAUCGCCCCGGAGUUGUUCAACCUGAAACUACCGGAAGCAAUCAAAGAUGAAGUUGAUAGAAAGCUAGCUAACAAGGUUCUUCUGAAUGUUGGUCUGUGCAUAGCACUCAAGGACAUUGUAAAGCUUGGUGACUCAAUAAUCCUCCCUGGUGAUGGGGCUUCGCACACAGAGGUGAAUUUCCGGUACAUAGUCUUUCGGCCCAUGAUCGGCGAUGUGAUAACUGGUAAAAUCCGUAGCUGCAGUCGGGAAGGAGUGCACGUUACGUUGGGGUUUUUUGAUGACAUUUUGGUUCCACCGUCGGCUCUACAGCAUCCAUCCCGUUUCGAAGAAGCCGAACAGGCCUGGGUGUGGGAAUAUCCACUAGAAGAUGGAAAAAAACAUGAUCUCUACAUGGAUAUUGGCGAAAACAUAAAGUUUCGCGUUUCUGGUGAAGUUUUCGAAGAGAGUUCACCGAUUGGUCCACCUGAUCAGGAAACGCUUAGUACUAACAGUACGACAACAGAUACGAGCAAGACUCCUUACAGAAUUGUUGCAGCCAUUAAUGAGUCUGGUCUGGGAUUACUUUCCUGGUGGGUCACACAAUCCCUAGAAGAGGGCGAUGAAGAACAGGAAGCAGAAGAAGAGGAAAUGGACGAGGAUUAGUGAAAAGACAUUUGGACUAAUCUCCUUUUAUAAUUUUGUUACUUUAUUAUGUGAUAGUUACUGUAAUAUAGUGCUAUUUAUAACACUUUCUGGAAA